CUCUGUCUGUACAGCGCUCUGGAAAAAUAAACAAAUUUGCACAUGAUUGCAUGAUUGUGUGAAAAUGUCAGGAAAGCUGCCAGGUUCUGCAUGGAAAUCAUUUCCAGUCUGUAUAAAAGAGCUGAGAAUUGACACCACACUGGCUUGUGGACAGUCCUUCAGAUGGAAAGAAUUAAAACCUGGUGAAUGGACUGGAGUUAUUAAAGAUGAAGUAUGGAAAUUAAAACAGACUUCUACAGAAUUAUUUUAUCAAGUUUUUAGGCGUGGUACAUCAGACAUAAAACCAGUAAUUAAGAAAGAAAUUUUACCUGUUGCAACAGAAAAGCUUAAAGAUUCUUCAAAAAAAAGAAAAAAUACCACCACUUGUCCUCAACCACCCAAAAAACUCUUACUGGAAUUAAAAACAGAACCUUUUAUAGAAGACCUGGAUAUUAAAACAAUACAAGAUUAUUUUCAGCUGAAUAUCAAUUUAACACAACUUUAUAAACAAUGGUCAGAAGCUGAUUCAAAUUUUGAAGAAAUUUCUACAAGUUUUCCUGGAAUUAGAAUGUUACACCAAGACCCAGUUGAAAAUUUAUUUUCUUUCAUCUGCUCAUCAAAUAAUCACAUUUCGCGUAUUACAUCAAUGGUCAAUCUUCUUUGUGUGAAUUUUGGAGAGGAAAUCUGUGAAGUAGAUGGACAGAUGUAUUAUCAGUUUCCUGCUAUUUAUAAGUUAGCUGCUGACGAUAUAGAGCAGAAAUUACGUGAUUUGGGAUUUGGUUAUCGCGCUAAAUAUAUUAAUCAAACUUCUAAAUAUAUAGUAAAUAAUCAUACCAAUGAAUGGCUGUAUUCGUUAAGAGGUUUACCUUAUAAAGAUGUCAAGAAAGCAUUGAUGAAGCUGUGUGGAGUAGGGGCAAAGGUAGCUGAUUGUGUAUGUUUGAUGUCAAUGGACCAGCCAGGUUCUAUCCCAGUAGAUACACACGUUUGGCAGAUAGCAGCUCGCCAUUAUAUACCCAAGUUAAAUGUUUCUAAAUCUCUUACUGAUAAACUUUAUGAUGAAAUAGGUGAUUAUUUUAGAGGAUUAUGGGGAGAAUAUGCUGGUUGGGCUCACUCUGUUUUAUUUACUGCUGAUCUGAAGAAGUUUCAGGACAAAUUUGAUUCUAAAAAGAAGGUUAAAAAGUCAAAAAGUAAAACCAAGGUGAAAUGAGUUUUCAUUGUAGAUAUAAGUUUGUAGUUGCAAGUUUACUUUAGUUACAUUGUAGAGAAGUUUUUCUUGUGAUUUGUGUCUGCAGCAGGUUUUCUGUUUCAAAGUUUUACCCGUUUGACAUUUCUGUUGGUGUUAACUUAGGCCAGAAUUGGGUCACAAGAAGUCAUUGCCACUUUCAGGAAAUAGGGUCAAAAAGCUUCCAUUCCCUAUUAAAGGACAAUAUUGGUGUCAGUCAUUACCACAUAUGUGAUAGAACUGGUUAAACACGUUCUAAAUAUAAUUUUAACACAGAGAUCAUUGUUACGAUAAAUGCGUAAUGAAGGUUUCAACAAUCAGAAGGAAAACACCAGCUAUCCCUCUAUAUAACUAACUGAAGUGACGAGUGAUAACAGAUACACGGGCGAAUUUCUGCUCACAUGUGUGAUAAUGACUGACAACAAUAUUGUCCUUUAACAGACUUCAUCAGAAAUAUUUCUUGAUAAUAUUACAUUAUGUAGCACACUAUCAUAUUCUGAAUAAUAUUUAUGAUUAUGCAAAAAAAUAACUAAGAAAGGUACGUCUGCUCAAUAUUUUCCAUAUUUAAUUUACCUAGUGCUUCAUGUCAACUUUAUAUUCCUCAAUAAUUACUUGUCUCCAUUUAUUGGAUAUAAACUGAUGGGAAUAGUUGAUAAUCUCUGUCCAUAAUAUAUGUUUCACCACAUUUGAUUUCCUCCCACUGUUGAAAAGUCCUGCAUAAUUUACCAUACUGUCUGUGUAGGAAUGAUCUGCGAGGGCUGGCUGAAAAGUUGUAAGCCUGAAAAGUAUAGAUCAGUUGGGUUGAAACAAACUUUUUCCACCAACAAGUACAAUCAUAGAAUGAACCAUAGACAUAAGAACUGUAACUGUAGUGUUAUUAUUGUCUUCGUACCAUCCAGACCAUCUUCUGAACCUACGCAUUAAAAUCACCAGAAAUGGACAAAACUGGCUAUAGGGUAGUCAUCAAGUACCUGAAAGGGCCCACCGCAUCACAGAUAAAUGCCGACAUGGUUUACUCUUCAGAGAUGAUGCCCCUUCCUUUCCACAGUAAAAAAGUAAGUUGCGGAAUUUAAGAGUUGCAAAGAGAGCCUUGGGAAUGACCAGCAUACUGAAACAGCAACAAUUCAAGACAACAUUACCCAUGUGCAUGACACUGAUGGCUGAUCAACCAUUGACCACUCAACAUAUUGCCUGUGUUUUGGGCACAUUGUCGCCAACAAGUUAGGAAUGACAAAAGUUUCUGCAAGAUGAGCGCCAAAGCUCUUGACUGCAGAUCAGAAACAUGUCAGAUUCCUGACGUCUCAUGACAAUCUGCACCGUUUUGAAGCAGAUUCUGGUAAUCUUUUGCUAAAUUUGUAACCAUGAAUGAGACCUGUUUCCAAAAAUGAAAACGGAAUGAGCCGGUUUUCAUUUUCCUAGUAAUGAUGACGUCACAUCAGGUUUUUUUAGGGUGGCCUAAGAAAAUUUCUUCCUGACGGACAUCCAGGCCUUGCAACAUUGUUGGCAAUUUGUACAUCUGGAAGGGGAUUAUGUAGAAAUAUAAAUGGAUGCCAUCGACUUUGUACAGGUCUUUCACAGAUAGGCUUAGAACUUUUCAGCCGCCCUCUAGCUAUGAAAUUAGGUAACAAAAAGAGAUAUAAAUAUGGGGAUGCCUAAGUUUAGAUUUCGUCACCAUUUUCUUGGGGUUUAAUGUUUUUUUACUUGGACCUUAGAAUAUAUUAUAAGGUCCAUGGUUUUUAUAUGGCCACAUUUUCAAGUGGACGUAUAUUGUUGUCGCCCCUAGUCUGGACCAUCCAGACGUCUGUUCACUCUACAGGUCACAAUUUUGAUCCGAUUUUGAUGAAACUUGAAAUAAGAUAGGUUUAUCUCCCAAAGAUCUUGGUUACUUUCGAUAUUGGCAUUUAUCAGACCAUAACUUCAUGGGUUAUGACCCCUGAUUGUAAGAAAAAUCACGUUUUUAGCUUGCGGUUAUCCGAUUUUGAUGAAACUUUAAAUGUAUGUUUACAACCCAACGAUCUUGGUUCCUUCUUUCGCACAUAUCAGACCUUAAUUUCCAGGAUUAUGGCCCCUGGUUGUCCAAAAAAAAUCUUAUUAUUUUUUUAGGUCGUUCUCUGUCCAUCUCUUGCAAAAUGUGGCCGUAACUUGCAUGGCAAAUGCUUGUUUGGUACCUUGUCAGGAACAUUUAUAGUGCGUCAAAUAAACGACAAGCGUUUAUAUAUUAUUUUGUUUACUGCUUCCCCCCAAACCAGUCUUUAAACUACCUGCUAUCAUUAAAUUAUUUCAGAUACAAAGGCAGGUCUCAACAUAAUUCUAUUUACCUUUAAAGGGCCAAUCCCGAUUAUAUUUUGGAGAAUAAAACUGCCUAAUUUUGUGUUAAAAGCC